AGGUGACAUCACACAGAAGGGAUAUGAAAAGAAGAGAUCAAAAUUAAUUGGGGCCUACCUGCCACAGCCUCCCGCAGCGAAUGGAGCUGCCGCGGUACGGUGUAGACUGCAACACAGUGAAGGAGCUGCCAGAAGAAUGCUCCGCACUGCCAACAUUGGUGUCUGUGACAUCCGGGAAGCGGCCGCUAGAGAGAGAGCAGCCAGCACGGCAGGAAACCGGCCUCUCUUUUAUUUUCGUUUUGGGGUGGACCAGGCGUUACCACAAGAACGUCGAACUCCUGUCACUCCGUCCUCCUCCUCUCGGUAUCACCGUCGCAGGUCCUCAGGGUCACGGGAUGAGCGCUACAGAUCGGAUGUCCACACAGAAGCAGUGCAGGCAGCCCUUGCUAAACAUAAAGAAAGGAAAAUGGCAGUCCCCAUGCCCUCAAAACGACGUUCAUUGGUGGUGCAAACAUCAAUGGAUGCCUACACACCUCCAGAUACUUCUUCUGGUUCAGAAGACGAAGGCUCCGUACAGGGCGACUCCCAGGGAACUCCCACCUCAAGCCAGGGGAGUAUAAACAUGGAACAUUGGAUCAGUCAAGCGAUCCACGGCUCUACCACAUCAACCACUUCCUCCUCCUCAACACAAAGUGGAGGCAGUGGUGCUGCACACAGACUAGCUGAUGUUAUGGCUCAAACACAUAUAGAAAAUCAUUCUGCCCCUCCAGAUGUUACCACUUACACCUCAGAACACUCAAUACAAGUAGAAAGACCACAAGGAUCAACAGCACGGGUGGCACCAAAGUAUGGCAACGCUGAGCUUAUGGAGACUGGUGAUGGAGUACCAGUGAGCAGCAGAGUGUCAGCAAAGAUUCAGCAGCUGGUCAAUACACUAAAACGGCCCAAACGACCACCAUUACGAGAGUUCUUUGUAGAUGACUUUGAGGAAUUGUUAGAAGUUCAACAGCCUGAUCCAAACCAGCCAAAGCCAGAAGGAGCUCAGAUGUUGGCUAUGCGUGGGGAGCAGUUAGGUGUGGUUACAAACUGGCCGCCGUCCCUGGAAGCAGCCUUGCAGCGAUGGGGAACCAUCUCACCCAAAGCUCCUUGCCUAACCACUAUGGAUACCAAUGGAAAACCACUGUAUAUUCUCACUUAUGGCAAACUUUGGACCAGAAGUAUGAAGGUUGCUUACAAUAUACUACAUAAGUUAGGCACAAAACAAGAACCAAUGGUACGACCUGGAGACAGGGUAACACUUGUGUUUCCUAACAAUGAUCCUGCUGCUUUCAUGGUGGCAUUUUAUGGCUGCCUGCUUGCCGAAGUUGUCCCCGUCCCUAUUGAAGUGCCACUUACAAGAAAGGAUGCAGGAAGUCAACAAAUAGGCUUUUUGCUUGGAAGCUGUGGAGUUACUGUGGCCUUGACCAGCGAUGCAUGCCAUAAAGGACUGCCUAAGAGUCCCACAGGGGAGAUACCACAGUUUAAAGGCUGGCCAAAACUGCUGUGGUUUGUCACAGAAUCUAAACACCUCUCCAAGCCACCUCGUGACUGGUUCCCACACAUCAAGGAUGCCAACAAUGACACAGCUUACAUUGAGUACAAAACAUGUAAAGAUGGAAGUGUGCUUGGGGUAACUGUGACAAGGAUUGCACUGCUGACACACUGCCAAGCUCUGACCCAGGCAUGUGGAUACACAGAAGCUGAAACAAUUGUGAAUGUACUAGAUUUCAAGAAGGAUGUUGGUUUGUGGCAUGGAAUUCUUACAAGUGUCAUGAACAUGAUGCAUGUCAUAAGUAUUCCAUACUCCUUAAUGAAAGUGAAUCCACUGUCAUGGAUACAAAAAGUCUGUCAAUACAAAGCAAAAGUUGCCUGUGUGAAGUCCAGAGACAUGCACUGGGCAUUGGUGGCACAUCGAGACCAGAGGGACAUCAACCUCUCCUCCCUGAGGAUGCUGAUUGUGGCUGAUGGUGCAAACCCAUGGUCCAUUUCUUCCUGUGAUGCAUUUCUCAAUGUCUUCCAAAGUAAAGGUCUAAGGCAGGAGGUCAUUUGUCCCUGUGCUAGUUCACCAGAAGCUCUCACUGUGGCUAUUCGAAGGCCAACAGAUGACAGCAACCAGCCACCAGGAAGAGGAGUUCUGUCCAUGCAUGGUCUCACUUACGGAGUGAUUCGAGUGGACUCUGAGGAAAAGCUGUCUGUCCUGACUGUCCAGGAUGUUGGCUUAGUGAUGCCAGGAGCUAUAAUGUGUUCAGUGAAGCCAGAUGGAAUUCCUCAGCUCUGUAAAACAGAUGAAAUAGGAGAACUUUGUGUAUGUGCUAUUGCAACAGGUACAUCAUAUUAUGGACUCUCGGGCAUGACCAAAAAUACUUUUGAGGUGUUUCCUAUGACCAGUUCUGGUGGCCCUAUCACCGAAUAUCCUUUUAUAAGGACUGGGCUUCUAGGCUUUAUAGGACCAGGUGGACUUGUCUUUGUUAUUGGCAAAAUGGAUGGUUUGAUGGUUGUCAGUGGAAGAAGACAUAAUGCUGAUGACAUUGUAGCAACAGCACUGGCCGUGGAACCCAUGAAAUUUGUCUACAGGGGGAGAAUAGCAGUGUUCUCCGUGAGUGUGCUGCAUGAUGAAAGGAUAGUAAUUGUUGCUGAGCAAAGGCCUGAUUCCACAGAAGAAGACAGUUUUCAGUGGAUGAGUAGAGUUCUCCAGGCAAUUGACAGCAUUCAUCAAGUGGGAGUCUACUGCCUAGCACUUGUCCCAGCCAACACACUUCCCAAGACGCCCCUGGGAGGGAUUCACCUGUCAGAAACCAAACAGCUCUUCCUGGAAGGAUCUCUGCAUCCUUGUAACGUGCUGAUGUGUCCCCACACCUGUGUAACAAACCUGCCUAAACCAAGGCAAAAGCAACCAGAAAUUGGCCCUGCCUCUGUGAUGGUGGGGAACUUGGUCUCUGGAAAAAGAAUUGCACAGGCCAGUGGUAGAGAUUUGGGGCAAAUAGAAGAUAAUGACCAGGCCAGAAAGUUCCUGUUCCUGUCAGAAGUGUUGCAGUGGAGAGCUCAGACCACCCCUGACCACGUGCUCUACACCCUGCUCAACUGCAGGGGAACAAUAGCCAACUCGCUGACAUGUGUCCAGCUGCAUAAACGAGCUGAGAAGAUAGCUGUGAUGCUGAUGGAGAGGGGGCAUUUACAGGAUGGAGACCACGUGGCUUUGGUUUACCCACCAGGGAUAGACCUGAUUGCGGCGUUUUACGGAUGCCUGUACGCAGGCUGUGUGCCAAUAACAGUGCGACCUCCACACCCCCAGAACAUUGCCACCACCUUACCCACCGUGAAGAUGAUCGUGGAGGUGAGCCGCUCUGCCUGCUUAAUGACUACGCAAUUAAUAUGUAAAUUGCUGCGGUCGCGAGAGGCGGCGGCAGCGGUGGAUAUCAGGACAUGGCCUCCAGUCCUAGACACAGACGAUUUGCCAAAGAAGCGGCCUGCACAGAUCUACAAACCUUCUAACCCUGAAACACUUGCUUACCUUGACUUCAGUGUCUCCACCACUGGCAUGCUGGCAGGGGUAAAGAUGUCUCAUGCAGCCACUAGUGCCUUUUGUCGUUCUAUUAAGCUGCAGUGUGAGCUUUAUCCCUCCCGGGAAGUCGCGAUCUGCUUGGACCCCUACUGUGGACUUGGGUUUGUCCUCUGGUGCCUCUGCAGCGUUUAUUCAGGACACCAGUCUAUUCUGAUUCCUCCCUCAGAGCUGGAGACCAAUCCUGCCCUGUGGCUUCUUGCAGUGAGUCAGUACAAAGUGAGAGACACUUUUUGCUCCUAUUCAGUCAUGGAGCUCUGUACUAAGGGACUCGGUUCACAAACAGAGUCGCUGAAGGCAAGGGGACUGGACCUUUCACGUGUACGGACAUGUGUAGUAGUGGCUGAAGAACGACCUCGGAUAGCUCUUACUCAGUCAUUUUCAAAGUUGUUUAAAGACCUGGGUCUCCAUCCACGGGCUGUCAGCACAUCACUUGGCUGCAGAGUUAACCUGGCAAUAUGUUUGCAGCCUCACAGGCUGGGGAAGCUGGCCGAGCAGGGGACAUCUGGACCAGAUCCCACCACAGUGUAUGUUGAUAUGAGGGCACUGAGGCAUGACAGAGUUCGUUUAGUUGAAAGAGGAUCUCCACAUAGUUUGCCUCUCAUGGAGUCUGGAAAAAUCCUCCCAGGAGUACGUAUCAUUAUUGCUAAUCCAGAAACAAAGGGACCCCUAGGAGACUCUCAUCUUGGUGAGAUAUGGGUUCACAGCACUCACAAUGCCAGUGGGUAUUUUACCAUCUAUGGAGAUGAAUCUUUGCAAUCAGAUCAUUUUAACUCAAGACUCAGCUUUGGAGAUACACAGACUAUUUGGGCAAGAACUGGUUAUCUGGGGUUCCUGAGAAGAACAGAACUCACAGAUGCAAAUGGAGAGCGCCAUGAUGCACUUUAUGUGGUGGGUGCAUUAGACGAAGCCAUGGAAUUGCGAGGGAUGAGGUACCAUCCAAUCGAUAUUGAAACCUCUGUCAUUAGAGCACACAAGAGCAUCACAGAAUGCGCGGUGUUUACCUGGACAAAUUUAUUGGUCGUUGUAGUUGAGCUGGAUGGAUCUGAGCAAGAAGCUUUGGACCUUGUUCCUUUGGUCACCAACGUGGUCCUGGAGGAACACUAUCUGAUUGUAGGGGUGGUGGUGGUUGUGGACAUUGGUGUAAUUCCUAUCAACUCCCGUGGAGAGAAACAACGUAUGCACCUACGAGAUGGAUUUUUGGCAGACCAGCUAGAUCCCAUCUAUGUGGCCUACAACAUGUAGUCUUGUACCUUAAAGCUUCCAUGGACUUUACUAUAGAUGUAUAAAAUUUUUUUGUGUCCACUAAAAAAGUGUGCAGAUAAGAUGCUGACACUCAUCAGAAUGGAACUGUUUCUAUUAUGACUUUUCAAAGCAGUCACGAUUGGCAGGAAAUAUAAUGUGAAAUGCUUUCUUUUACCACUAAAUUUUAGAAAAGAAGGACUAUGGAGUAAGGCCCUUCAGUGUGUUGGAAAAGCCCAUUUUAAACUUUUUUUUUUUUUGCUUAUUGGACAAUACUGCUUUUUGAGUAAAUGUGGCUUUGUAUUUUACAUUAAGUAAGCUGAAGUAGAUUUUUUUUUUUAUUCUGCCCUCCAAAUGGAUUCUUUUAAAACAAUUUGCAUACUAAUACAAAUAGUUGUUUCCUUCAUUUGUUUUAAUAUGUCAUAAAAAGCCGAUGAAUACAGAUCCAUUACUAACUUAAGCCAUUUUAGAUCCCACAUCUUAGGAAAAUAUGUAGUGGUACGAGGAGAAAACCCAAAGUAGCACCUUUCAAUUAGAAAUCUUGCAGCUUUCUGUCAGAGAUGCUGAAAGCCCAAAGGCCAAAGAGCCUUUGAUGUUAGCGUUAGAAUGGAAAAAAUUUAUAAAUAAGGUGUAUUUCGGCAAUGAGCUUGCAAAUAUCUUUGUACUA